ACGGCAGAAUUAAAUGAUUGUAACCCCAAAGGUUUAGAAGACUUUAAGAAGACUAAGUCUUGUUUCUACAAGAUCAAAACUGAAUUAAAUGGCUGAUAAACAGAUUAGUUUACCUGCCAAGUUGAUCAAUGGAGGCAUAGCUGGGCUCAUUGGGGUCACCUGUGUGUUUCCUAUUGACUUGGCAAAAACACGUUUACAGAACCAGCAGAAUGGCCAGAGGAUGUACACCAGUAUGUCUGACUGCCUUAUUAAAACAAUCCGGUCUGAAGGAUAUUUUGGGAUGUACAGAGGGGCUGCAGUGAAUCUAACACUUGUGACUCCGGAAAAAGCCAUCAAGUUAGCUGCCAAUGAUUUCUUUAGGUAUCAUCUUGCCAAAGAUGGGAGCAAGUUGACGCUGCCAAAAGAGAUGCUGGCUGGUUGUGGGGCGGGGACCUGCCAGGUGAUUGUCACCACUCCCAUGGAGAUGCUCAAAAUCCAGCUGCAAGAUGCAGGACGAAUUGCUGCUCAGAAGAAGUCCAUGAUAGGACAAGCUCAGCUUAGCCCAUCCGCUGGCACUGGAGCUGCAGAGUCGGUGGUAGAGACACGAAUGACAGCGAUCCAGAUCACAAGAGAUUUGCUUCGGAGCAAAGGCAUUGCAGGACUGUAUAAAGGACUUGGAGCCACGUUGGUUAGGGAUGUCCCGUUUUCCGUUGUUUAUUUUCCACUGUUUGCCAACCUGAACAAACUGGGGCAGAAGAGCCCUGAAGUCAAGGCUCCAUUCUAUGUCUCCUUCCUGUCUGGAUGCGCGGCAGGCAGCACAGCAGCUGUAGCUGUCAAUCCUUGUGAUGUAAUCAAGACAAGACUUCAGUCCUUGCAGAGAGGAGUCAAUGAGGACACAUAUUCAGGGAUAAUAGACUGUACCAGGAAAAUCUGGCGUAAUGAGGGUCCCUUGGCCUUUUUUAAAGGGGCAUAUUGCAGAGCCUUGGUCAUUGCCCCACUCUUUGGUAUUGCACAAGUUGUCUAUUUCAUCGGCAUUGCUGAAUUCAUCCUUGACAUGUUUCCACGGCAUCGGGAUUAACCGCCCAUACUUCUUCUCAUCCAAUUGGAAUUCAUCAUAGUAUUUUUAUCAUUGUGAUGUCAGAGCAACGGCACGAAGGGUUCCAAGCAGUAAUAGUGGGAAUGAAUGUUGUCUCCAAAGUUAUUUUUCCUCAUGUCAACAUAGCCCUGAGGAGGGUUACCUAAAUAGUCAUAUCUGUUUUUUAAUUAUCAUUUUUAAAGACACUGCUUAACACAGACUGUCUGACUGGCCUGCUGUUCCUCUUGUCUAGUGGAAGAUGAGCCCCCCCUCCCCUUUUCUGGAACUGCUAACAACUCAAGAAGGAGCAAAAGAACAGGACAUGUUUCCAUGCCUCCAUUCUUGGGGUUAGGUCUCUGGGGAAAAGAAUCGGUUGGUACUCAAUAAAAGGGAGGUCACUUUGACCCAGGCAAUUACUGAGAUCAAAGUA